AUGGGUCUCAACUGUGUAAGGCCCGUCGAUCCUUUGAGUGCUUUGAUUCCAAGAAGCGACGAGCUCGAUGUUUCAACGAUUAAGGAAUCAAAAUUGCCGAUUAUUUUCUUGAUUGGAGGUCCAGGAGCAGGAAAAUCAACACAGUGUACACGAGUAGCAGAGCAUUACGGUUUUUGCACUAUUAUAACCAGAGAAUUGCUGCGCAACGAAGUAGCUACCGGUUCACAGAGAGGCGCUAUUCUGGCCUAUCUGAUAUCUGACGGUAAACUAGUUCCCGCAGAUGUCAUGGUGGAGCUCAUCAAAGCAAGGAUGCUGAGCAGCUUGAAUACGUCGCGGGGUUUUUUGCUGAGUGGAUUUCCCCGGGAGAAAGCACAGUGUAAGCAUUUCAACGUGCAUAUCCGGCCGCCGGAUCUCGUCCUGUACCUGUACGUCAGGGAUUCGCUGCUGAUGGAUAGGAUCUUAGCCAGAGCCAUCACCGCCACCCAGCGACAGAGCCGUAGCUUCGAUGAAAAUUUGCAGCGAAUCAAAGACUACGACAAAAUGAUCAAACCCGUCCUUAGGUAUUACAAAAAACAACUGGUGAUCAUCAACGGCGAGAACGACGAAACGGAAGUUUUCGAAGAUAUUUGCAACGCGAUCGAUAACGUCCUGAAGAAUUUUCCGAGCACGUCUACAGUGAAAGCGGUCAAUUAGAGUUUAUUCGUUGACACGUGUUGUGUUGAACUAGCAAUACUUGAUCAGUGUCAAUUAUCAUGUAAAAUUAUAUAAUAAUAUAAUUGAUGGAGUUUCACACUCUUGAAUUACAAAAAUUGUGCUUUGCACAUGCUACAUAAAUAUUAAAAUAAUCA